AUGAGCCUCAACGAAAAAAACCAAGUCGAAAAUUAUACCGCGACGGAAGUGAACCAUGUCGCAGUGAAACUUCCACCAUUUAUUUCGGACGAUGCAGAGAUGUGGCUUCAGGUAGUGGACAGUGUGACAAGUGAAGAAACAAAGUUUAACUACCCCAUUACUGCUCUAGACAGAAACGUGAUGAGUGAAGUGAGCGACCUGGUGAUGAAUCCACCCCAAGACAAGCCUUACUCCGCACUUAGGGCAGCUUUAAUAAGACGACUGAGUACGUCUCAGGAACAAAAAACGAGGCGACUCCUAGAGCGCGAAGAAAUCGGGGACUCGAAACCGUCCCAGUUUUUGCGCCGAUUAAAGGCUUUAGCAGCGUCUACCGUUUCCGAUUCGCUCCUACGCACGCUGUGGAUAGGGCGCCUGCUGUCUAGUGUACAGGCAAUUCUCGCGACACAGAAGAAUGCCGCGUUGGACGAUGUCGCGGAGCUGGCCGACGCAGUUAUGGAGAUAGUAAUGCCUGGCACAGCGCUUCAGGAGGUGGCCAGAUCCAGUCCAGAAGACGACAGACUGAAUCGCAUCGAGCAACAGUUAGUGGAGAUGUCGCAGGCAAUGGCGAAGCUAUUCGCGAAGAGUGAACCGCGGCGACCGACGACGAGAACACCCAGAUCGCGUUCGCAAAACCGAUCGCGAAGCCGUGACAGUGACAGUGCAUGGAAAGAAGACAUUCAAGCUACCGCGGCCGAGAUGGUGUACGGACAGCAUCUACGCCUACCCGGAGAAUUUCUUUAUUCCCGCAGGACAAUAGACGAAGAGUUCAGCACCGAAGCGAAUUUUGUUAAGGACCUCAGACGUCAUAUGGAAAGCUUACGUCCAGCCGCAGUUAAACGCCAUGGCGACAAGACGCCAUUCGUUAUUAAAGACUUGGCAACAGCGACACGUGUUUUUGUGCGUGCGGACGGCGUUAAAACUCAACUACAAAACCUAUAUGAUGGUCCGUUUACAGUGAUCAAACGCGACGACAAAACAUUCACAGUGUUAGUGCGUGGUCGCAAAGUUAAAGUGUCCAUAGACAGAGUCAAACCUGCAUAUUGUUUGAAUGAUGCGACAGCUGCUGGCGACGAGGACAAUAGCCUUCCGUCAACUUCUGCCCCAUUAUCCGUGCCAACCACACCCAAGGCAAUUACCAUUAGGUCCGGGUAG